AUGACGGAAGCAUCACCAGAGGAUGCGGCUGCUCAGCGCGCGGCAGAGCAAGUUCGACUCCGCAAGGCGAAGCGAGAGGCAAAGAUUCGCGCUGGCGGCGCGUCCAGAUUGAACAAAAUCACUGGUCUAGGUGGAGGAUUCCAGCGUGCCCCGUCAGCUACAUCGGGACUUCCCAAGCCCAACUCGAGCCCCGAGCACGCAGACCCUGAGGAGAUCGACAUCUCCCAGCACUACUACGAGCCAGCCGCGACUCCCCGCCCCUCUGCCACAGGCCCUCCCCUCGACCCCAAUGCCAUGACCGAGGAUCAGCUUCGCCAGAUGAUGCUCGGCUUCGACAGAUCCGGCCCGGCGGCGCAGGUGGGACCCCGCCCAUGA